AUGGAAGUGAAGAAAAAAUAUCGCGGCGCGUUGCGCAGUAGUUUCACGAAGUGCGCGAAUGACCUUGAGCUUUUGCUAAAAGCCGAGAAUGUUGAUUUUCAAGCAGUUAAUGUGUGCUGGGAAAUGUUGUGUGGUAAAAACGAAAGUUUGGAAGUGGCAAAUAAUGAGAUUUGCAGUUCUUUAAUGGAAAAUCCUGAGACAACUGAAGCCGAAUUAACUGCCGACAUGGAUUCGACGGACGUCUACAAGAAACGGUUCGUAGAUUUGAAACUUCGCCACCAUAGCCUACAGCAGUCAGAGGGUACGACGUCACAAGAAGAAGAAGGUGCUGAUGCUGGUGACCAGGUAUCUGUAGUGGGUAGCAACGUCUCAAAUCAAGCAGGUAGGCGAAAGUUUAAAUUACCAAUAAUUGAGUUGACCAAGUUUGAUGGCAAUAUUCGUGAAUGGCUGCCAUUUUGGGGUCAGUUUAGCAAAAUCGAUUCGGAUUCGGAUAUUGAUAAUAACGAUAAGGUCCUAUAUUUGAUACAAUCAACAGUGCCGGGUAGUAGGGCUAGACAGUUGGUCGAAAGUUUUCCUGCGAUCGGCGAAAACUAUGAAAAAGUGGUGAAUGCUUUAAAAUCGCGCUUCGGUCGGGACGACCUUCAAAUCGAGGUGUACGUUCGGGAGAUGCUCGGACUGAUAAUAAAUAACGCGGUUUCUAAGAGUAAAAUGGAUUUGUCAUCUUUAUACGAUCGGAUAGAAACGCAGUUGCGCGCAUUAGAAACGUUAGGGGUCGCGUCGGAUAAAUGUUCGGCGAUGUUAUUUCCCCUCAUAGAAUCGUGUUUGCCGUCGGAAUUAUUGCGCGUCUGGCAGAGAUCGCAGGUCAAUCUUCCAGCAAAUCCAUCUAUGGAAACUCGGCUUGAAAGUUUAAUGCAAUUUCUUAGGGGCGAAGUAGAAAAUGAGCAACGGAUAAUUUUGGCUACUCAGGGUCUAGGGCUUUCUAGUGCAUCAGGAAAAGAUUCAUCAAAUGCAAAAAAUUCGAAAUCUUCCGAAACAAGGUUACCUACCGCUGCCGGUUUAAUGAACUGCGAUGUGACAAAAUGUAUUUUUUGUGAUGGGGCGCAUGCUAGUGAGAGUUGUUUCAAGGCGCAAAAGUUUUCAAUUGAUCAAAAGAAAACAGUAUGCAAAGAGAAAAAGGUCUGUUUUAGAUGCCUUAAGUUUGGUCAUUUGUCUACAAGAUGCAGAUCUAGAUUAAGGUGUAUCGUUUGUGGCCGAGCUCACCUAGCCUUAAUGUGUCCAGACAUUUCUGUAAAUAAGUUAAGCUCAAACGGUUCUGUCAAUCCUGAUAGGGACGAUAAAAAGGCUAAAGAUACCGCAGAGCAAACCCUUACAAACAAUGGGAACUGUUUGGUGUUUUUGCAAACUUUACGGGUAACCGCAAGGUCAGAAAAUGGAUCUCGUGAGAUACGCGCGCUCAUAGACACCGGGUCGCAAAGAUCGUAUCUAUUAAAAUCUACUAUUACGCAGUUGGGAUACACCGCCAAAAGGGAAGAAUUGGUUGCACAUGGGCUCUUUGGAGGAGUUGUUACACAGGUACCACACAAAUGUUAUGAUAUCCGACUUCGUCAUGAAAAUUAUGCAUGUAAAUUUGAGGUGUUGGAUCAGCAGGUUAUUUGUACCAGUGUUCCUGCCAUAGGAUGUGGACCUUGGAUAACUGAGUUGGAAGAAUUAAACAUUGAGAUACAUGGUACUCAAGAUUCUUCACCCAUUGAGUUACUAAUUGGUGCCGAUGUAGUUGGAAGACUUUAUACAGGGAAACGGCGUGUAUUAAAAUGUGGUUUGGUUGCCAUAGAAACACUAUUAGGCUGGACGCUUUUGGGCAAGGUCAACGAUGUUAAAGCUGCAGAAGACAAAUCGUGUUCCAGUUUGGCAGCUACAAGUUUAUCGUUGUUGUUGAAUGAUACUUACCUAACCAACCUAUGGGAACUUGAUACAUUGGGUAUUACUGAACCAUCAGAAAGGAAAUCGAGAGAAGAAAGGGCUGCAGCAGCUAUACAAUUCUUUAAAGAAACCGUGACACUGAAUGCUGAAGGUCGAUACGAGGUGCGACUUCCUUGGAUAGAGGGUCACCGUCCAUUGCCUUCAAACCGGAAGAUUGCUGAAAGGAGAUUACAGUCAACCUUGAAGAAAUUGAAGAAAGACAAUCUUGUGGAGUCUUAUGGAGCCAUUUUCCAAGAAUGGUUAUCGGAAGGUAUAAUUGAACCGAUACAUAUUGAUAGUGGUGUCAGUGAAAACGGGCAUUAUCUUCCUCAUCGGCCGGUCAUUAAGGAAGAUUCGACAACCAAAAUCCGGCCUGUGUUCGAUGCAUCAGCAAGGGAAAUUGAUAGUCCAUCCUUGAACCACUGUCUAGAAAAAGGUGAGAAUUUGAUUGAAUUAAUACCAGCUCUUUUACUGAGGUUUCGAGAAAAUUCUAUCGGGGUUGUGUCAGACAUUCGAAAGGCCUUUCUGCAGAUAGGUAUUAAUGAAAGAGACCGUGAUUUUUUGAAAUUUCUCUGGGUGGAUUCUGAAGAAAACCUUAUUGUGUUUCGCCAUAGACGUGUCGUUUUUGGAGUGAACAGCAGUCCAUUUCUGUUAGGGGCAACCAUUGAACAUCACCUCGCCAAUUGUUUGGAAAAUGUUCAGAACGGAAAUACUAAAUACUCUCUAGACACGAUUAAGAAGCUAGAACGAGGAUUUUAUGUAGACAAUUGCGUUGUUAGUGUUCCAGAUAAGACUUCUUUAUUGAGAUUUAUACAAGAAGCUACCGAAGCCAUGAGGGAAGCUAAUUUUGAACUAAGAGGGUGGGAGUUCAGCGAUGAAAAUAACGAUGAGACAGCUAUGGUUCCGUUGCUUGGUCUUAAUUGGUAUUUGGCUAGAGAUGUAAUAAAAAUUAGUGAUGGAUGCUUGAGGAGCAGCUCGAAAUUUGAUGAAAUGGUUAUAAGCAAAAGAUUAAUACUAUCUAUGGCACAAAAGGUAUUUGAUGUCAUUGGCUUCACCUGUCCUACAACCUUGGUGCCGAAAUUACUACUUCAGAAGUUAUGGGAGAAGAAAUUGACCUGGGAUGAGACAGUUGACGCUGAUACUGAACGACUUUUUCGAGAAUGGUUUAGAGGGUUACCACAUUUAAAGGAAAUAGAGAUUCCUCGUUGGAUGGGUACUGGUACUGAAGAAGUAGAACAUCUUAGUUUACAUAUUUUCUGUGACGCCAGUAAAGUAGCAUUUUCUGCAGUUGUGUUUUUCCGAGUGGUCCGGAAUAGUACAGUAACUGUUCAUAUUGUGGCAGCUAAAUCAAGAGUUGCGCCCGUCCGUAAAUUAACAAUACCGAGACUUGAAUUGUUAGCAGCUGUAAUUGGUGCCAGAUUGUAUGAAAAUGUGAGGAAAAAUCUACAAAGUGACGCAGAAUCAUAUUUUUGGACCGAUUCAUCAACUGUUUUGUCAUGGAUUCAACGUCAGGAAGAAUGGGGAACAUUUGUUUGUAAUAGAGUAUCAGAAGUUCGCUCAUUGACGUCCUCCAAUUCUUGGCGACACGUACCAGGGGAUUUGAAUCCAGCCGACCUUCCUUCUAGAGGUUGUUCACCUAAACAACUUGUUGAAUCCAAAUGGUGGGAGGGUCCGAGGUGGCUGUACUAUGAACCAAAUUUGUGGCCUAACCAGCAAAUAGAGUGUGAUGAAGCAGAAGUUGCACAGGAACGCAGGAAGAAAUUAAUUGCGCUGGUGAAUAAUGACAACGAUUUCUGGCAUCUGUCUUACUUUUCCAGUUUUUUGAGAAUUGUCAGAAUGAUGAGUUGGAUUCUGCGAUUCAUCCACAAUUCAAGGAAGCCAGUUCAAAGAGCAACAGGGGACUUGACUGUUGAAGAAAUUGAGAGAGGAGAAAAGCUUAUUUUUGAAAUCAUCCAAAGUCAGAGUUUUUCGGGGGUGGAUGACGUAAAGAUAAAGCACCUCGACCCGUUUUUUGAUGAACAUAAAAUAAUACGCUUGAGAACGAAAAUUUCGAAUAGAGAAGACAGUGUAGAUUUUAGAUUUCCGAUUGUAUUGCCCUGCAGACACCCUGUUACUGAAAAGUUGAUCCUGAAAGAGCAUUUUGACUCUUCCCACGUUGGUAUACAGGGGGUAAUGAGUAAACUUCGUGAAAAGUAUUGGGUAUUAGGAGGACGACGAGCAAUAAGAUCCGCGCUGUCGAAAUGUUUCAUCUGUAAAAGAUUCAAUUCAAAAUCGAUUCGUGUGAAUGUUCCUCCGUUGCCAUUGGACAGGGUACGCGACGCCUCUGUAUUUGAGGUGAUUGGAAUUGAUAUGGCCGGCCCGCUGUACCUGAAGGAUGGACUCAAGAUUUGGAUUUGUAUUUUUACCUGCGCCAUCUAUCGAGCUGUGCAUCUGGAAUUGGUGACCUCUAUGUCGACACAUUCUUUUAUUCAGGCCUUACGCAGAUUUGUAGCGCGAAGAGGACGACCUAAAACUAUAUUCAGCGACAACGGUACCAACUUCGUGGGCGCUGAAAAUCUGUUAUCCCAACUGAACUGGCAGGAGGUUAUGAAAUUUUCAGUUAACGAGAGAAUCGUGUGGCGAUUCAACCCUCCAAGUGCUCCAUGGUGGGGAGGGUUCUGGGAGCGGUUGAUCAGCAUUUUGAAGCAGCUAUUACGUAAAGUUUUGGGACGUACCAGUCUAAAUUACGAAGAUUUAUUGACAGUAGUGUGUGAUGCUGAAACGGUUAUUAAUUCUAGGCCGCUCACAUAUGUAUCCAGCGAUCCGCACGAGUUGAUCGCACUUACUCCAGCGAUGUUUUUGGUAGAUCACCAUGAACACGGUCUACCGGAUUACGACGUUGUUGACCGUUCGUCUGUGUGUCGGAAACUACGUUACAAGCAAAAGUUACGAGACGAUUUACGCCGUAGAUUUCGUAAUGAGUAUUUGGGACAGUUACGAAUGUUUUAUGAGGGGAAACCGCGCGGUUCGUUAAAAUUGGGUGAUGUAGUUUUAAUCGGGAAUGACCAAGACAAACGUAUGGACUGGCCGCUCGCGCGCGUUGUUGAUCUUAUACCGAGUAAAGACAAACAAGUUCGUCUAGUUCGGUUAGUGACGUCUAAGGGGCAGCUAUUGAGACCCGUCCAACGUCUUUAUCCGCUCGAGUGUGUUGAUUCAGCGGUCCAAGGGGAUGGGGUAGAAGACGUCAUCGAGCCUUCAGAGGAUGCAGUAGAGCCUCCACAGGAGUCACACCUGCCAGGUUUGCUCCCAACCGAUGAGAGUGCAAGUGCGGGAGUGUCUGUUGAAAGCAGAGUACCCGUAAAAGUUACGCGUAGUGGUCGCAUAUCAAAACCGCCCUUUAGAUUUUCUGUAUGA